UGGCUGCUGCUCUACUACCGCGAGCGGCGGCUGAGCUACCGCACGCUCUGCCUCUUCCUCUGCCUGCUCUGGGCGGCCCUCAGGACCACGCUGUUCUCGUUCUACCUGCAGAACUCGCUGCAGGCCCUCCGCCUGCAGCAGCCCUUCGCGCACUGGCUCCUCUACUGCCUGCCCGGCUGCCUGCUCUUCUCCAGCCUCUGCCUCCUCAACCUCUACUUCGCCGAGGUCAUAUUCAAAGUGAAAUGUGCAGCUGAAUUCAACAAGUACAAGGUCCUGUUGUAUCUGGGCUCUGUAUUUACCAGCCUCCUUUUCCUAGUUGUGAACUUAACUUGUGCAAUGCUCAUCCACGGUGAAGUCCCAGAGAACCAGCUGAGAUGGACAGUCCUCGCCCGUGCCCUAGUCAAUGACAGCCUUUUCAUCCUCUGUGCCAUCUCACUGGCUUGCUGCAUGUGCAAACUGGGCAAAAUGUCCUCAGCAAACGUCUACCUCGAGUCCAAGGGAACAUCUGUCUGCCAGGCUAUUCUUGUGGGAUCUGUAGUUGCUCUUCUGUACUCUUCAAGGGCUUGCUAUAACCUGGUAGCUGUGGCCAUAUCUCCAGACAAUGUUCCUGGGCCUUUUAACUAUGGCUGGGACAACCUUUCCGACAAGGUGCGUGUGGAAGUGAGCAGUGAGGAGUACGUGGUGUUCGGAGUGGUCCUCUUCCUCUGGGAGCUGGUGCCAACGACUUUCGUGGUGCUGUUCUUCCGGGCUCAGAGACUGAGUCAGAACUUGGUAGGAAUGGUCAAUAGUCACAGCUACAGCUCCAGAGCCUACUUCUUUGACAAUCCACGGCGCUACGACAGCGAUGACGACUUGUCACGGCUCGGGGCCAGAGAAGGCAGCUUGGCCACCCCUCAGAGCUCUGCCUGCUAUGGGUCCCUGGCUGGGAACGACAGCUACGCGGCAGGCGCCCACCUCAGCGCAGCAGCUCCAGACAGUGCCCCCCUGCUCUGCGCUGCGGGCGGCUCCGAGCGGGAUAAUCCCCCAGGGCACAGCCCGUGCCCUGCACCACCCAACUGA